AUGAUAAAAGAAAUACUCAAGAGCCAAACCUUGGUUAUGGACGGAGCACUAGGUACAGAAUUGGAAGACAUGGUGCCUAAAGACUCUAAGUUUCAGCCUCGUUAUCAUAGUUUAUGGUCUGGAACCGUUUUACUUAAUCAGCCUGAUUUAGUAUAUGAGGUGCAUCGCAAGUAUCUUGAAGAAGGAUGUGAUAUAAUACUUACUUCAAGCUACCAAUUGUCCUUUCAGGGAUUGGAGGAUCAGUUAGGGGCCAGCUUAGAAAAGGCACAGGAAAUUUGGGAUAAGUCUGUUGCUGUUGCUGAUAAAGCUAUCAGGGACUACAGCAUAUCACAUCAUCGAAAUAUAUAUUUGUUUGGCUCAAUUGGCCCCUAUGGAGCAUACUUACACAACGGUGCCGAGUACACCGGACAGUAUGGAGAUAUCAGUCAAGAAGAAUUGGUCGAACAUCAUAAAGACUUGGUAAGUUAUUUCAUAAAAGAUGAUCGAGUUGAUGCAAUUGCAUUUGAGACCAUUCCAAACCUUACAGAAUUGAAGGCUGUGAUACAGAUAAUGACUCAAGAGCUUAGGAAUAAUAGUUGCAAAGAGUUUUAUUUAAGUUUCAAUUUUCAAGAUCUGGAUCACUUGUCUGAUGGGCACCAAAUGAAGGAGCUUCUUGAGUAUUUAAAUGAUGACAAUGUAAUAAAGCCACUUGGUGACUUUUUCAUAGGAAUUGGAAUUAAUUGCGUUUCCCAUGACAAGAUAUGUGGAAUUAUUGAUACCAUUAAUGUAUAUAAUACCAAUAAGUUUGCUCUUAUUGUGUACCCAAAUUUGGGGUUUGAGUUUGGUAAGGUAACUGAUAGUUAUCAUAGCUUCCGAAAUAUUGACGUUUGGUCACAAAGUGUUAAGAAAUGGCUAUCGAAACCUAACGUGAGAAUUAUUGGGGGUUGUUGUUCAACGGGUCCAGAAGAGAUUAGAGUUCUUACAAGAUUUGUACAUUCAUAA